UUCAGCAGCCGUCACACCAACAAGCAGUGCAGUGACAUCAGGCAGUGGUGCUACAACUGGAACAACCUCCACUACUGUUUCUGCAACCACCACACCAACUAUCACACCAACAAGCAGUCCAGUGACGUCAGGGAUUUCAUCUACAACUGCAACCACAACACCAACAAGCAGUGCAGUGACGUCAGGGAUUGCAUCUACAACUAGUAUAACCUCCACUACUGUUACUGCAGCCGUCACACCAACAAGCAGUGCAGUGACAUCAGGCAGUGGUGCUACAACUGGAACAACCUCCACUACUGUUUCUGCAACCACCACACCAACUAUCACACCAACAAGCAGUGCAGUGACGUCAGGGAUUUCAUCUACAACUGGUAUAACCUCCACUACUGUAUCUGCAGCCGUCACGCCAACAAGCAGUGCAGUGACAUCAGGCAGUGGUGCUACAACUGGUACAACAUCCACUAUUGUUUCUGCAACCACCACACCAACAAGCAGUACAGUGACAUCAGGCAUUAGUGCUACAACCGCCACUUCUGUUUCUGAGAUCUUCUAUCCAUUUGGUUUGAAAGCAGGAGACGUUGUUAUUGCUAACGAAACCUCUGCUCCAGUUAACCUAUCUAGACCAUUUGGAUUUUUUGGGCGCAUGUAUAACCGGACCUAUGUUAACAAUAACGGACUUCUGUCAUUCAGCCGAGAGAUACCAGAGAUGGACCCUGUUACGUUUCCAUCUUACAGAAAUGAAGAUUUGAUCGCUCCUCUAUGGACUGAUCUCCAUGAUGGUGUAUACUACUAUCAGGAGUACACAACUGGAUAUGUGCUCACACGUGCUACUGAAGACAUAAGACGUUAUUACCCGGGUCGAGGCUUCAAUGCCUCUUGGGCCUUUGUAGCAACUUGGGACUUUGUUAAGAAUAAAAAUGCAAUCCAGUUUCAAGUGGUUUUAAUUUCGGACGAUAAUUUCUCCUUUAUUUUGAUGAACUAUGGUGACAUUAGUGAAAUAGACUUUCCAGUGGAGGCCGGUUAUGACACAGUAGGCUCCACGCAUUACUUUGUCAUACCUGGGUCAAACCAUGGCAACCUCAUCCCCAAUCUCAAAACAACAAGUAAUGUUAACGUUCCAGGACGUUGGGCUUUCUCUGCGAACCAAGAUACUGUGAUUGGACUUCAAAUGAGAGUCAGCUCAUAUUUGAACCUGAGUGAAAACGUAACGUUUCUUUUGGAGAAACUAAAGUACGAGCUGGUAAGACGCAAUCUGACAAGCGAUGUGAAGCUGACGGUACGGAGCGUCAAGAAGAUAAAUUCUAUAAAAUGAUCUGCGUUAAAACCAGUUUAACAGGACAACUGUAUUUUUAUCUUAUUGAUUUAUCGAUAGUUUUUUCCAAAAUUCCAAUACUAUUUUUUUAACAAAAACGUCUUUCCACUUAAAAACAAUUCCUCCCCUUUUUUUGUUAUCAAAUGUAUUUAAUUUCUCAAUUACAAAAUGUAGACCUGUCUUUAAACUUCAGAUACAUUUAGAGCUAAAGGUUCAGUAGAACUUAAGUGAAAACUGAUUUUUCUUGCACAUUUAUCUUUUAGUCGCCCUUACUAAUUAUAGCAUGUAAAUUGAAGAAGGAUAAUGUUAAAAUGUUGGUCUAUGUCUUCUUGGAAAGUACCUAACAGCUAACAAUGAAGUGCUGGUUAAAUUUAACAAAAUCUAGGAAACCCCUGCCUGAUCUUUUUUGUUGAAAUUAAAUUGCUGAAAUAUUUUAA